CAACAUAAGGAAAAGCUUCCUCCUUGGAAGCUAACAUUUGCUAACCUUGAGGAGAGGUUGGCUCCUUCUUAUGGUUACCGUUUUGAGAAGUAAAAAGCGACUCGUCUGGGCAAUCGGGGGUUGUCAGGCACUAAAUGUGUGCCUUUAGUGACCUACGGCUAGCUUUCUAGCCCAGGAGCUCGCUAAAAGACAGCUUCACAAGCUAGUUCGUGCUAACGCUAGCUAACUGAGGAGAGCGAAUCCGUAACAUUUAGUUAACGUUCGGGAGCUACUUUCAUCAAAUAAAGCAACUUACCGGGGUGUUAUCGUGAUAUUUACGACAGGACAUGUCACAAACUUGCAGCACAAGUAAGCCUGUAGAGACGCUAAAGUGAAAUUACAGGCUAAAGACGAAGAUGAACGCACCCUUCCCAUGGUUUCCCAUGAAUCUCACCUGGAGUGGGAGGGUGUUGUGAGAAAGGAACACAAGGAGACUAUAAACAAGAGUCAUGAAUCUCCAUCAGGUCCUCACAGGGGCUGUCAACCCUGGAGACAAUUGUUUCUCUGUAGGGAGCGUCAACAAUGUGCCAUUCACGGCCUAUGCGUCAGGUUGUGACGUGGUAGUUUUGGGAAGUGACUUUGAGCGACUGCAAAUCAUCCCAGGGGCCAAACAUGGCAACAUCCAGGUCGGCUGUGUCGACUGCUCACUGCAGGGUGGACAGAUUGCAGCUUCCUAUGGAAGCAUUGUGUGUGUCUUUGAGCCUGUUCAGCACCCGGAUCAAAAGGACACAUCGCUGACUAAGUUGAACUGCCAAUGGCAGAAGACUGGUCAAUUUGUAUUAAAGUCUAUGGUACGGAACCUGGCCUGGCACCCCACAGGCAGCACUCUCUUAACCGGCUCAAGCAGCCUCCAGUUGUGGUCUAAUGUCGACGGAGUGAAAGAUGAAGCUAAAGAAGUAGGAAAGCAGACAGAAAUGACCAUAAGAGACUCUCAUUCUGCCUGGAGUUGCAUCUGGGAGAGCAAGACGGCCUCUCCAGUUAGUUUAAUGAAGUUCUCUCCCGAUGGGGAAUUCUUUGCUACUGCUGGACAGGAUGACUGCCUAGUAAAGGUCUGGUACAGCACCAGUAAGUGGAGGUCGGGAGUUUCCAGACUCUUCACACCUCCAGAACCCAGUGUCAGUUUCCAGGGAGAGCUGGCCUUUUCCUUUGUCUACCUGGCCCAUCCUCGUUCUGUUGCUGGCUUUUCUUGGAGGAAGACCAGCAAAUACAUGCCACGAGGUGCAGUGUGUAAUGUUCUGCUCACCUGCUGUAAGGACAGUGUGUGUCGGCUCUGGGCAGAGACACUGUUGCCGGGUGACAGCCUCCUAUCAGGUUACCAUAACAACCAUGCUUCUGGUCAGCACAGUGACACACCCAGAUGUGCUGGCCCCAGGAAAGACACCUGCAAUGGGAAGUCACAAGGAAGAAUGACGCAGGAAACAAAUUUUCAAGAACCAUGGCACGGCUCCUUGUAUCGGGAUGUGCCCCAGCCCUCUCUGACAGGCUGCCUGCCUCACCAUCAGAGCCAACACUACAACCACAAGAGGAGCAGCAGCAGCAUGCCCCGUGCCAACGCUCUCUGCCAUUUCCACAUUGCCGCCAGCAUUAAUCCUGCCACAGACAUUCCUCUGCUGCCCUCUAUCUCCUCCCUGGGUGCUGCAGAUGAUGAGGAACCUGGAGGUCCUUUUACUGUCCACUGGCUCAACAACAAAGAGCUUCAUUUCACUUUAGCAAUGGAAGUCUUUCUUCAGCAGCUCCGAGGCAGCCUCGAGCAACAGAACGAAGAGCCUGAAGAUGAAGACUAUGAUGAGGAGGAUCAUAGUAGUAGGCCAAGUGACUCCCAAGGACCAGAGGCUGCUGAGCUUCCUCUGGCAGCAGUCAAGCACCAGGUGGACGUGCUGUUAGAGGAGUGGAAUAAAGGGGCAGACAUGUUGUUCAGUAUCCACCCCAUGGACGGCUCUCUGUUAGUCUGGCAUGUUGACUGGUUAGAUGAAUAUCAGCCAGGCAUGUUCAGACAAACUCAGGUGUCGUUUGUGUCCCGUAUCCCUGUAGCGUUCCCUACAGGUGAUGCAAUCUCCCUGAGCCAUAGUGUGGUUAUGUAUGCCUGCAACAAGAAUGUGGAUCUUGCAAUCCAGCAUGGCAGACAACGACCGCCUGGGAGCACAUUGUCUCAAACCAAAUCUGCUCUAAUAAGCUACGGAGGUCAAGGAAAAGCUGCACCCAGCAGUAGUCUUCGACUGAGCAUUUUCACCCCCAACGUUCUUAUGAUCUCCAAACAUGCUGAUGGCUCCCUCAACCAGUGGGCAGUCAGCUUCGCAGAGGACUCUGCUUUCUCCACUGUGCUCAGUGUCUCUCACAAGUCACGGUACUGUGGACACCGCUUCCACCUCAAUGACCUGGCCUGUCACUCAUUACUCCCUCUCCUCCUCACCACCUCACACCACAACGCCCUGAGGACGCCUGAGGCAGACAGCAUCCUGGCUCCUCCAGACGCCUACACCUCUGGUUUCUCUCAGACAACGUCUGUGCCCCGAGGGUCACGGUCCAGCCGGGCAUCCCUUGGUGUGGUUUCCCAGGAUCCCAACGCGAUCUACAGUGAGCUGAUUUUAUGGAGAGUUGACCCUGUCGGCCCGCUGUCUUUGUCAGGAGGAGUCUCCGAGCUAGCUCGGAUUAAUUCUCUCCAUGCAUCAGCAUUUGCUAAUAUAGCCUGGCUUCCCACGCUCAUUCCCAGCAGCUGUUUAGGUGUGUAUUGCAACUCUCCCAGCGCCUGCUUUGUGGCAAGUGACGGCCACUCUCUCAGGCUGUAUCAGGCUGUUAUUGAAGCUAAGAAACUCCUGAGUGAGCUCUCCAAUCCUGAGAUAUCAAAAUUUGUUGGCGAGGUGUUCAACAUUAUCAGUCAGCAAUCAACAGCAAAACCAGGCUGUAUUAUAGAGCUGGAUGCCAUCACUGACUUUCAGGGGAAGGAGACCCAACUCCUGCAUGUUUUUGAGGAGGAUCUCAUCCUCGGCAGGGAGCGAACAGAGAGCACACAGGAAAUUUGUGAUUCUCCUCACACUGCCUCAAGCGAGGCGGCGUUCUCAGCAAGGUUUUUCCUUGUGGUGGUUGAAUUGACCCCGACAGGUCGCUCACUCCUCCACAUGUGGCAUCUCCAUCUUGCUGCUCGACCCAUCACCAUGGAAGAAACCACACCGGAGAAGGAUGCCACCACAUCAGCUUCUCCUCUGAACAGCUCUACAUUUAGCUUUGACACGUUCACUUCUCCAGUGACUCAGAAGAGUAAACCCUGCACUUCCAAUCUGCAGAGUGCCUGCCGCCUCAGCCUCACAACACACAGGCUGUACAGCCAAGAAAUGGCUCUGCCAGAAGGGGUGGAGGCCAUCAGUGUUACACCUUCCGCAGGUCACCUGAGUGCGUCAUGUUCUCUGCCGGCUGAUCGUGUGCCUUACCUCCUUGCUACUUCCUGUUCUGAUGGAAAGGUGCGCUUCUGGAUGUGUAAUGUCAUUGCGACAGAGCCUUCCAGCAUGGACAGCUUUGUGUACCAGUGGGAGGAGUGGCCUCUGCUGGUGGAGGAGAGGCAUUCCAACUGCAGCGCAGUAAGCGUGCAAGGUCGUCCUAUAGAGGUCAGCUGCUGUCACUCUGGACGGAUUGCAGUUGCCUACAGACAGAUGCAAAACACACCUCUGAACUCAACGCCCUAUUUGAACUCUCAUGGACUGUUGACUUCUCCUCCUACCCUGGCUUCCUCCCCUCAUUUGCACUAUGGCGGCAACACCCACCUGACCCCAACUCUGACUGUGCAGCGUAGCCCAAAUCACACCCCAAUCCCCAACCCAGCGAACACUAGAGAGCCAUUGGUCCAUAUAGGCAUCUAUCAGUGUGAGUCAACUGGUGGUUCUCAGUGGAUUCUCGAGCAGACCAUAGUCCUGGACAACACAGAUCCCACAGCCAACAUGGACUCGCCGAUACCUAACGAGGACUGUCCUGGUUCUACGAGUAAAAGCCUGGUUCAUUUGGACUGGGUCUCCCAAGAAGAUGGGUCACAUGUUCUGACUGUUGGUAUUGGGACAAAGAUUUAUAUGUAUGGCCGUCUCUCCGGGAAGCCUCCAGAACUCGGUUUGUCAUCUGACGCCAGCAGAGACCAGAGCUUGUCUCGCCUGGUUCUGCUUCGAUCGGUUGAUCUGGUUUCCUCUGUUGAAGGCUCAUUACCAAUUCCAGUCUCCCUCUCCUGGGUACGAGAUGGCAUCUUGGUUGUAGGCAUGGACUGUGAGAUGCACGUCUACUCCCAGUGGCAGCCUCCAAUGCCAUCCAAACCAAAUGCUGCGACCACCCAAGAUACAGACAUCAGCAGCAGCGUCUCCUCCAUAAUCUCAGCCGUCAGGCAGAGCCAGGAGGACGGUCUCAGCCCUGGGGCCCCCAUGUCUUCUCUCGCCCCUCCCAAAAGGGCCCUGACAAGAUCGAUGAUGAGCCUGGCUCAGAAACUCAGUGGGAAGAGAACAGCUUAUGAUCUGCCUGUCGAGAUGGAAGAUUCUGGUCUUUUUGAGGCAGCUCACCAACUGUUUCCCACUCUGCCCCAGUACCAUCCUGUACAGCUACUGGAGCUCAUGGAUCUAGGGAAGGUUCACCGUGCCAAAGCUAUCCUCUCCCAUCUGGUGAAAUGCAUUGCUGGAGAAAUUGUGACACUUAAAGACAGUGCCGUCAAUCCUGAGAAACGAGUGCGCUCUCGGACCAUCAGCGCUGGAGGCAGCACAGCAAGGGACCGGAAGAUGUUUAGCAAAGCAGAGAACUCCUCUGACUACACUGAAAUAAGCUCCAUCCCUCCACUGCCGCUGUAUGCCCUUCUGGCAGCAGAUGAGGAUACAUCACCAAAACCUGAUAAAGUGGGCAGUGUGAGUGGAGAUAGCGGACAUGGUUCCAGUCAUGCUGAUGUCUAUGACGAGCUCUUUCAUACACCUAGCAUUGUGGACCUGGACCCUCUGGACGACGAUCAAGAGGAAGCAGGGAACAAGGUUAUUGACCUGUCCCAGUACAGUCCAACUUACUUUGGUCCGGAGCAUGCCCAGGUCCUGUCCAGUCACCUACUUCAUUCCAGUUUGCCAGGCUUAACCCGUAUGGAGCAGAUGUCUCUCAUGGCGCUGGCUGAUACCAUCGCCACCACAAGCACAGACCUCAAGGACAGCCACGGCAAAAGCAAAGGUGGAGAGACGCUGGAUGAGUGCGGUCUGAAAUUCUUGCUUGCGGUCAGACUCCACACCUUCCUUUCUACCUCUCUGCCUCCAGCACAUCGAGCGCAGCUGCUACGGCAAGGCCUGUCAACAUGUCACUACGCCUGGGCCUUCCACUCUGAGGCUGAGGAGGAGCUGCUGAACAUGCUGCCGGCCCUACAGAAAGGGGAGCCCACGUGGCCUGAGCUGCGCUCUAUGGGCGUAGGCUGGUGGCUUCGCAGCACCAACAAACUACGCAGGUGUAUUGAAAAGGUUGCCAAGGCUUCUUUACAGAGAAACAACGAUCCUCUGGAUGCUGCUAUAUUUUACCUCGCGCUGAAGAAGAAGGCAGUGGUCUGGGGAUUGUACAGGUCUCAGAAGAAUGCCAAAAUGACAGAGUUUUUCCGCAAUAACUUCAGCGAGGACCGUUGGAGGAAAGCAGCACUGAAAAAUGCGUUCUCUCUGUUGGGAAAGCAGCGGUUCCAGCAUUCUGCAGCCUUCUUUCUACUAGCCGGCUCCCUCAAGGAUGCUGUGGAGGUGUGUUUAGAGAAAAUGCAGGACCUACAGCUUGCCCUUGUGAUCUCCAGAUUGUAUGAGUCUGAGUUCGAGACAGCGUCCACUUACAAAAAGAUUCUCCAGAGACAUGUUCUGGGACAAGACAAACAGAUUCAAGCCCACCAGGAUCCAUUCCUGCGGAGCAUGGCUCACUGGGUUUUGGAGGACUACAGCAGAGCCUUGGACACUCUACUCGAGCAGCCUGCUAACAACUCAAGAUUUGGGUCCUCUGAGAGCAAAUGUGAUGCUGGUUCCUUUUCUGUGUCUGCUUGUAACCCUGAGGUUUUCAACUUCUACACCUACCUCCGCACCCACCCACUCCUCCUUCGCCGCCAUUUUGGCUCCUCAGACAAGGCUAAAGUUGGACUGACUGCAGAGGGUCGCAGGGCGGACUCCAUUAGCCUGGAGGAGAGGAGACUGUUUUUCACAGCUGCUUAUGCACACCUCCAAGCUGGCUGCCCUAUGCUAGCACUUGAAGUCCUCUCCAAGAUGCCCAAAGUCCGCAAGUAUUCCAAACUCCUCAACCAGGAGGAUACGGGCAUCACUACCGAACUUAGUGUUGGGAGCAAGACUGGACAAACAGCAGACCCGGAUUGGUCUCAGCCGACUCUGAACGGCUACGAGUCAGACGCAAACAGCUUAUCCAACAGUCACUCAGAUUCAGUGUUCAGCUUUGACUGGAGCCAGCCGUCAAUGACGCAUCCAGAUGAGCCCUUGGAGCUGAAGUGGGACAGUGACAAAGAGGACGAAGAAGAGGAUGAGGAUGAAGAACAAAAUAAAAAUGUUAAAAGCAGUAGGACUGCAGACAGGAACAGUGUGUUUCAGGACACGCAGGAUGCCAUGUCACCACUUAUGGAGACAGUGUCGGGGGACGACAGCGAGGACUGCCAUGACUUCAUAGCUCCAUCUAAUGACAUCCUGGCAGCACAACUAAAGUUUACUGCCUGCCUGAAGAUCAUGACCAAUGAGCUCCGGACGUUGUCAACAGGGUAUGAACUGGAUGGAGGGAAGCUGCGUAACCAGCUCUAUCAGUGGUUGGAGAGAGAGGUGGUGGCUCUCCAGUGUUGCUGCAGCUACAAACCCUGCUUGCCAGAGCUGUCUGUCCAGGGUGAUGCCCCAGGUUCUGGGUUGGUGGAGGAGGAACAGCCUGGGAGUCCUCGUGGUGACAGCCAGAGGAGUAGGAGACACUGGCUGCAGAGUAACCAGCACUUACUGAGGAUGUUUCUGAGCUACUGCAGCUUGCAUGGCUCCCACGGUGGAGGACUGGCCUCUGUGCGCAUGGAGCUCAUAUUGUUGCUUCAAGAGUCUCACCAGGAUGACUCCACCCAGUCAGCAGUGACACCAUGUUGUCAGCCAGCAUCAAUCCCUCUGCUGAUGGCUUGCACAGCCAACGUAAAAACAGUGGUGGCCAAUCCCAUCGUCUACCUGACUAACCUGGCUCAUGACAUCUUGCAGACCAUUAAUUCACUUGACUCUCCACCACAUCCGGAUGUGGUUAACAAUGAGAUCUAUGUGAUGCACACAUUGGCUGCCUCCCUGUCAGCUUGUAUAUAUCAGUGUCUGUGUGAUGGGCACACCCACAGCCACGUGAACCAGUUCACAGGAGUCGUGUAUCAGAGUGUUUUGCUUUCUCAGAAGCAGCCUCUCAGAACUGUAAGCAUGGACGAGUCAGUUCAGCCCAACACUUCCCCUGCCCAGUGGCCAGGUAUCGCCUCCCUGAUUCGCCUGUUGAGCUCAGCUGGCGAGGAGAGUCAGCCAGGCUUAGCUGUGCUGCUCUGUGAGAUCCUGACUGCUGUCUUCCUCAGUCUGUUUGUUCACGGCAUGGCCACUCACUCCAGCAAUGAACUGUUUCGCAUCGUGGCCCACCCACUCAACAGCAAGCUCUGGGUGACGGUGUUCGGGGGAGGCGUCCGGACCCCUGUCAUCGAGAAACCCAACAGCCCUAUAAGAACACCCCCACCAGCCUCACCAAGUGGCUCAGACAGGAAGUCCAGACGAUUCAGGCUUCUGUCAUCACGCAGUGGUUCCAAGGACGAGUCUGGGAUAGAGCGGGAGUGCCCGUCCAGUCCAAAGCCUUGCCCUGUAGUGGAACAAGAAGCUACCUCCAUCUUUAAAGAACGAUUUGUCCCUCCAGAGCUCAGCAUUUGGGAUUACUUUAUCACAAAGCCUUCGCUGCCACCGUCAGAAAACAGAAUUGAAUACGACUCAGAGGAGAGCCAGGGCAGUCAAGAUGAAGAGGAAGAUGACAAUGAAUUUGAAGACGUGUUUGACCCCAGCUCUCCGCAAAGAGAGCAUUCGAACCACAAUUCAUACAGUUGGUGUUUGAUGCGUCUUGCAAUGGUUCAGCUGGUGUUGGUCAACCUUAAGUCCUUUUACCCAAUGGCAGGAUAUGAUCUAUUAGAUCUGCCUGUGGGCUCUCCGCUGUGUCAUGCUGUGCUGAAGACGCUGCAGCGCUGGGAGCAGGUACUGCAGAAAAGGUUGGAGAUCUUCGGGGGGCCCCCCUCCAAGUACAUCGCUACCCCCCUCCAGGAUGAAAUAACCGCACCCGGGCCUGCCCUGCUCAGACACAAGGCCUUGUUUGAACCAUCCAACACCCCGUUCAGGACGAGCCACCAUUCAGCGCUGCCUGUGAAGCGCCUGUGGCAGUUUCUGGUCAAGCAGGAAGAAGUGCAGGAGACUUUCAUUAGGAACAUCUUUACUAAGAAACGGGACCCGAAUGAGUCGGGUGAGGACCAGCCUGACAAUAUGAAAUGUUCAGGGAUGGAGGAGACAGGAAACAAUCAGACUGAGUCAGAUUUGGGCUCUCCCGGAGGAAAAGCACGCAUCAUCCACAAGGAAUCAGACAUCAUCACAGCCUUUGCCAUCAACAAGGCAAAUCGUAAUUGUUUAGUUAUGGCCUCCACACAUGACAUUCAGGAGCUGGAUGUGUCAUCCAUCUUGGCCACACAGAUCUUGACAUGGAUCGAUGAUGAUGACGCUGAAGCCAAAGGUGUUGCUGGUGAUGACUUCCUGGUUGUGCACACACGUGAUGACUUUGCUGCACUCCACGGCACCACCCCAUAUACUCACAGUAGCCCCGGCACGCCCAUCAACAUGCCAUGGCUGGGAGGAGUGCAGACAGGACGGGGUGCAGCUGUGGUGAGAUCUAAACCUGGAGUUAUGAUAAAGAGAAAUAUCAACAAUGUGAGAAGGAUGACCUCCCAUCCCACACUGCCUUACUACUUGACAGGAGCUCAGGACGGGAGCGUCAGGAUGUUCGAGUGGGGUCACUCCCAGCAGAUCAUCUGCUUCAGAAGUCCAGGCAACUCCAGAGUCACCAGGAUACGAUUCAACCACCAGGGGAACAAGUUCGGUAUCGUCGAUGCUGAUGGAGGUUUGAGUCUCUGGCAGACCAACACAAGUGGAAACGCACCCAAGCCAUACCUGACGUUGCAGUGCCACAACAAGACAGCUCACGACUUCGUCUUUGUGGGCUCCUCCUCCCUCAUUGCCACUGCAGGUCUUUCAACAGACAACAGGAACGUGUGUCUGUGGGACACUCUGGUGACUCCUGCAAACAGCCUGGUGCAUGCUUUCUGCUGCCACGACUCCGGUGCUACCGUGCUCUCGAUGGCUCCCAGGCAGCAGCUGCUUGUCACAGGUGGGAGGAAGGGCUGGAUCAGCGUCCUGGAGCUCGCCCACAGGCACCAGCGUCAGAGCUUCCAGGCGCACGACUCGCCGGUCAAAGCACUGGCUGUCGAUCCGACUGAGGACUGCUUCAUCAGUGGAUCAGCUGAGGGCAACAUUAAGAUCUGGAGCCUGGCCACGCAGUGCCCGCUCUACACCUUCCCAAAUGAACACGCACGCCAGUCGCUGUUCAGGAACCUCGGCACAGGUGUCAUGCAGAUAGAGGUGGGACCAGCCAAUCACAUCUUCUCCUGUGGCGCUGAUGGUACCAUGAAGAUGAGGGUCCUCCCCAAUCGCUUCAGUGUCGUCAACAACAACAACAACCACAGCAACCUCAAGAACGAUGUCAAGUUCAUCAUAUAGACAAAAACAUAAAAGUAAGGUGUUCUUCAGCUCAAUUUAAUUACAUAAUGUGAAGUCGCCAGCACUACUGCUGUGGAAAAACCUGACUGGAAUAGUGUCAUUGGUUCAUUUUCAGGGAACAAUGCCGUGAUAGAACAAUGAAUCCAAGUGUUAUCAACCAGUGUAAAUGAAGAAUGAAUUUCACGACAACACAAUGUGGAAUAUUUACUGGAUUUACAAACUUUCACCAAGUGAAAUCCCGUCGUCUGAUCAAGAGGCCCAAGAGUGAAACGAUCACAUCUGCUGCUCUGUGUGGGACACGAGCUCGAGCCGACUAACCACAGGAGCCUCUACAGGCAUUUUAUACUAUGGAAGUGGGCACAGAGUAACAACUGAGGGCACAGUCAAUCGUAAUAAACGGAGUGAGAGACAGUAAAACAGCUUCAAAAUCUCCAAAACAAACUGCCAACUCAGCAAGGGCUGAUGCGAGGAGCCUUUUUUUGCACAGGAAGUGAAGGUGAAGAAGGAGCUGUGAAGAGUAACGCUGCAACAUUGUUCCUCUUAUCCAGUAUCACCAUAUCUAUUAGUUUAUAUUAGCAAAGCAGUCAUAAUAGUGGAAGCUGAAAUCACUGUUCGAGUGUUCAGGUGAUAAAAUACAGUAGACUGUGUCCACAGUGGAUCGUACAGGGACAUUCGGUGAUCCCUGCAGAGGUUCGAGCAUCACCAAAAGACUUUACAACACUGCUGAACUCGCUCAGCACAAUGCAGUAAGGCCAGUGGACAUCGUACAAAGCACAUUAUAUCCAGUCUCAAGGAUUCAUGGCGCAUUCUUGUGCUCCAUAUACAGUUUUUACUGCGACCAGAAAAUAUAGAUCAAAUCACACUGUUGUUUUACAAUAAUAUCUGGGUAGAACCUCCCCUCAGCAUGUUAGAUUUAAAAUAAUUUUACUGCUUUACCUUGCUGUGAGACAGAUUUUUCCAUCUGGGAAAUAGAAGCCUUUAUCUCAAAGCCACCAGACUCCACUGACAAAAGCGGUAGUUUUACUUUACAGUACAGUAGCCAGUUGAUCGCUGCCUUGAUUGGUUUAGGGUGUAAGGUAGUGGCGAGUGGAAAAAAUAUUCAAAAUAAAGCGUAAAUGUACAGUGAUAUAGAUUUUUUUUAGGGUGCUAAAAUACAUUUGUUGCAGCCCCAUCUAAAGCGGUUAAUCAUCUAGCUUUUAUGGUUGUAAAUCUAGUUUCUCAAAGAUUUGCGCAAAGCAACACAGGGUGUGAAAAUAAGCACAGCAGAAAUAUUAGACAGGUCGGACCACAGUGUUUAACUAUAUAUUUUUGCACAUUGCAGUUUUGGCUGAAAAUGACAACAAAAUUAAACAAAUAUCAACCAUCUUCGCAAUUAAAAUCAAUUGCCAGUUUUCUGCCCAGAGGUAAUUGUUUUAGUGCGACAUCACAGUAAUUCAGUGUUAAGUUUGCUCUGUUGGUCGUUUGGUCACUUGGUCCACAAAAAUUUCCUCAACCUUUGGCGGCCAGAUUUUGCUCCAGAGGACUGAAAUUUGGCAUCAGACCAACCAGUUUGGUUUGAAAAUCAGUGGAUCAGGUGUUUGUCUCGAUUAAACCACACUUUAAGAAUUAUAGGACAUUUCAUAUUGCUAUUAUCAUCUCACAUUUUGAUUUUUGCUGCUUGACUGAUGCUCUUUUUUCAGCACAACUUGAGCUGAUUCUAUAAAGGAGGACAGAAUAGAUGUGUCAUAUCUCUUAAAUUGAAAUCGGUAGUUUUUGGGAAACGUUAGAUGAAAAGACACUAUUCUCCAUUCUUAUAGUCACUUAAAUGUAAAGCCAGCAGGUGGUUUGCUUAGCCCACCAACCAGGAGCAGUCUUCGAGCUUAAAUGACCGUCUGAGUUUAAUGAGUCGUACAAAAAACUUCUACGGAUUAAAUGAGCAAGACACAGCGAGUUUUACAGGUGCUCGCUCAGCUGGUUCCUUGUUUCCGGUCUAAGCUAAGCUAAUUAGCAGCUUGCUAAGGCUUCAUAGUGGUGUUAAUCUUCUCAUCUAGCAUUAACUCUCUUUCCCAGAACUUCAAAAUACUCUUUUAAUCAAAACUUGUGACUUAUGUUUACGUGUGUGCCACUACCCGGCCUUUUCUUAUAUUUUAUGGACUACCUGAAUGCGCCAUUUUUCUCACUCUAUUUGCACAUAAACAUGAAGCUAAAUUAUAUGUAGUGUAAUGCAUAUAAGUAUAGGAGGCUGGGUGUCAGUAAAGCAGCUCAAGCCUUAAUAAGAUGUACGAUGUUGUUUAUCCCGGCCAAGAUUAAACCAGUGGUAUUAUUAUUAAGUGUCCUUAAUCUCUGACAACUUCUUCUACCAUGCUGGCACAGUACUUUAGUACUGUCGGUCCUGAUGAUAUUGAUUAAUAUUGAUAUUAAAUUGCACAAAGUAGCUUUAAUUUAAAAGGCCCUUGUUGGGACACAAUGAAUAAUACCUUCUCUGGCUGUGUUUAGUUUUUUGAAUAUUAAGCUUAAGAACAUGUAGCAGGAAACUUUGCUGUUGACAAUGGAAAGGGGUUGGGGUGGGGCAGUUAAACAAGUUUUAAUUAAUUUUGUUGUGGAAAUAUUCUAUUCCAAUAACAAUGCACUUCCCUUUCAUUGACUCCAACCUUUCGUUUUCCAUACGGACCAUGAUUGAGAACUGCCUUGGAAACAAUAUUGUUUGCCUUGUAGUAACCUCCUUUUUCUCACAGGAAUAACCUUCAACUUCAUGGUUUUUUUUUAGUUUUUUUUUUUUUUUUUAAUCACAUACUUGCUUUCUAUAUCAUCCAAAUGCAGCACAUUGCCUUCAGUUCAUGCUUGGAAAAUUUUAUCUAGGUUGGUGUGUUAUAAGAUGUGUCUUCCACAGAAAUAAGGAAGAUACUCGUGAAAACUGUCCUAUAGCCGUUUAGUCUGAAGGAGUAUAAUUCAUGAAGCUAUCUACCCACAGAACCUUGUUGUGCUGCUGUAGGAAAACAAAAUGUACAUUAGCUUUGAUUUCAGGGAGGACAAACUGAGGAAAACCUUUUAGAUGAAGCAGAUUUAUUGCAGUUAUGUAUAUACAUAGAUCCAUACACUAGGUUUCUCAUUAUGACUGCAUAAUCAUAGUCGUAGAUAUGACAAAGGCCACUUGAUGAAGAAUAUCAUUCUGUACAAAUACAGGUAUAUUUAUGAAAUAUGUUCAUAUUUAGGAUUAUAGACUGAGUGAUCAAAAGGUAGAUGUAAUGUUAUUUCCUGCUUUGUUCCUCUUAUGGGCUCAUCAUUUAUUUUUUCUCAUUUUUUUCCUUAUGCGGGCUCAAAGAACCACAUUGCUUUUUUUGUUUUCCCCGUAUAUCGAAGUGGUUGGGAAAUCGUGUAUUUCUGCAGCAAUUGGAGAAUUAAAUACUUUUUAUGAAAGCCAAACUAUAUGUACUCCUACAGAAACUGGAGAAUAAAGUUCAUUUUAUCAAAGCAAGUGCUUUUUCCCCUAGAUAAUGCUUUCUUUCGCUUGACAAACAGAUCAGUUUGUCGGUGCGCAGCUGUUGCAUGAGUACAUUAAACACACUCACAUUCAGCUCUGACCCCCCCUCCCAAAUCUUGCAAAUGUGAAUUUGAUCAGAUAAUUCUAAUUUUAUAAUAAAGAUGUUGUGUAAAUCAAUGUAUUAUAUACAGAAAAUGUACCGAUGUAAUAAAAAAAAAUAUGUAACACGA